UCAAUGAUAUUGAAUGAGAUCUCAAGAGAUGAUGAACAAUAAUCCUUUGUCAGUCUCAAUAAUAGAGAUUUAAGUGCAUAAACAUAAACAAAUUUGAAAUAACAAAUUACAUAUUUGCCACCUAUGUAUGCAUCAAUAUCAUUCAUUGUUCUUUUUGCUGCUAUUUUAAGUUAACUUCAAUAUCCAAGAGCAUAAACAUUUCCUUUGUUUUUGGAAUUACCAUUUUAAAAGAAUUAAUUAUUUACUGUAUAAUAAAUUAUAAUUCUAAUAUAUUAGAUAGGAAAUGCAUUAAUGAGUUUGAUAGGCAUCCUAAUAUAUUAUUUAAUUUACUAGACCAAUUAAAAAAUAUCAUAAAAAUUAAGAUUUAACUCAAGAUAUGAACACUUCAAACCUUUUUCAUUUUAAAUCUUUUUGAGUGGAGUUUCAGCUCAUUUAUCAUUUUUAGCAUUUGCAUUAUUACCAAUUGAAUAAAAAAACCAAGCUAACUUUCUAUGUAUUAUAAUUUCAUAUAUUUUAUUUUUAUUAUUAUUAUAGAUACGGAAGAUCGGAUUUUAUUAACCUUCUCCUUUUUGAUGAAUUUCCUUUAUACUAGUUAUUAUAUGUGUUAUAAGUAGAGUUCACAAAAAUAGAAAAUUCCAAAUUAAUUAAAAGAGUACUCAUUAAGUCAGUAAAUAAAGGCUGCUUUAUUUACUGUCAUAUGUUUUUUAUUUACUGCUUGUAAGUCUAUAUUAUAUAAAUAUGUUUAGUUGUUUCUGUAAACUUUAUAAGUUUGUUUAUGGGUAUGCCAAUGGCUUAAGGAGAACCUAAUUUAAAUGAUGGUCUAAGUGCAUCAGAAGACUUUAUAGCUAAUAUGGUUAGUGAAAUUUAUUCAACCUUGUCAUAUAGCCUUUAUUUAAUGAAUUCAUUAUUUAUUGGCAUGUUUUAUACUGAUUUUAAAAAGGUAACUAGUACAAUAAUAAAAUAAUUUAGAUCAAUUUGAUAAUGAUAAUUGAUUAAGAAAUAGUAUUAAGUAGAAACCAGAAAUCCAUAUGA